CCAGUGUGGAAGCAGCUUCAAGAUCGCGACGAAAAUAAAUCAUUUUUAGAUCAACAAAAUGAAAUUCACUUUGCUCCUGCUCAUCGCCUGCGUUGGCUGCAUUGUGGCCGCACCCGCACCCGCUCCCGCUGCCGAGGAGCAACAGGAGUCCUCCGUGAAGGCCAAGCGGGGCUUGUCAUUGGGGUUGGGUUACCACCACGCCCCCCUGGUGACCCAUUCGCAUUACAUCGCCGCCCCCGCGGUGGUGCACCACGCUCCGAUAAUCUCGCAUGCACCGCUCAUCGCCCACGCCCCCCUGAUUGCCCACCAUCCGGUGUCCUCGGUCUCGUACCACCUGCCCUCGUACCAUUCCAUCCACCACUUCUAAUGCAGCACCCACAACGAAUCACCUUUGUUUUUCAACAGCAU